AUGGCUCGUGUCUAUGCAGAUGUUAACCAGCAGAUGCCUCGGGCGUACUGGGACUACGACUCUGUGAAUAUCUCAUGGGGGAUACUGGAGAAUUAUGAGGUUGUGCGGAAAAUAGGGCGAGGCAAAUAUUCAGAAGUAUUCGAAGGCAUCAACGUCGUCAACUACCAGAAGUGUGUCAUCAAAGUCCUGAAGCCCGUCAAGAAGAAGAAGAUAAAACGAGAGAUCAAAAUUCUACAGAACCUAUCGGGCGGGCCAAACAUUGUUGCGCUGCUCGAUGUUGUUCGUGACAGCCAAAGCAAGACGCCGAGUCUAGUCUUCGAGAACGUCAACAAUACCGAUUUCCGCACAUUAUACCCUCGAUUCGUGGAUUAUGAUGUUCGAUUUUAUAUCUUUGAGCUUCUGAAAGCCCUGGAUUUCUGCCAUAGCAAGGGGAUAAUGCACCGAGACGUAAAGCCGCAUAAUGUCAUGAUAGAUCAUGAAAAGCGGAAGCUGAGAUUAAUCGAUUGGGGGCUUGCGGAGUUCUAUCAUCAGGGCACAGAGUACAACGUCCGAGUGGCAUCAAGAUAUUUCAAGGGGCCGGAAUUAUUGGUCGACUUUCAAGAGUACGACUACUCACUCGACAUGUGGUCAUUAGGAGCCAUGUUUGCCUCAAUGAUCUUCCGAAAAGAGCCAUUCUUCCAUGGAAACAGCAAUUCAGAUCAACUGGUGAAAAUAGCCAAAGUACUUGGCACUGACGACUUGUUCGAGUACCUUGAUAGAUACGAUAUUGAGCUCGAUGCUCAGUAUGAUGACAUCUUGGGACGAUUCCCGCGGAAGAGCUGGCAUAGUUUUGUGAAUUCUGAGAACCAAAGAUUUGUGUCAAACGACGCGAUAGACUUUCUCGACAAGCUGCUAAGAUACGACCACCAAGAACGACUGACGGCACAAGAAGCAAUGGCGCAUCCAUAUUUUGGCCCAGUUCGAAUGGCAUCCGCACAACCAGCGCAGAACCAUGCUUCGUGA